GCGCAGCCUCCGCUGCCAUCGCAGCACCUCGGGAGGCUGCCCCAGCCCUGGGACCCCACACUGAGGCAGGAUGGAGGAUUUGGAUGCUUUGCUGGAAGAGCUGGAGCAGAGCUCCUGCCUGGCCUCCAAGGACUGUGCACUGCAGGGACCAAGCUCCUGCCAGGAUGCCCAGCAUGGUGCCCCAAAGGUGCCACUGCCACCUCGAGCUCAGCCUCCAGGAGAAGGUUUGGAUUCAGUGUACAGCACCCCUGCACCGGUCCCAAAGCCGCUGCUCCCCUUAGCCCCGCACACGGAGGCCGCCCGGCAGCUGGAUGAGCUCCUGGCCGAUCUGGGCCACACGCAGAGCAAGCUGGCAGCGGCAGGGCAGGGAGCUGGGGUGCCCACGGAGUCCUCGCUGGACAACAUGCUGGACAGCCUCACGCGGGACCUGCAGGAGCUGGGAAUCGUGGCCGCGCCCGCCGGCAUCUGCGCCUCCUGCCGCAAGCCCAUCGCUGGCAAGGUGCUCACAGCCCUGGGCAAAACCUGGCACCCCGAGCACUUCACCUGUGCCCGCUGCGGGCAGGAGCUGGACAAGAGGCCCUUCUUCGAGCAGGGCGGGCGGGCGUUCUGCGAGGAGGAUUAUCACCAGGCCUUCUCCCCGCGCUGCGCCUACUGUGCCGGCCCCAUCCGCGAGAAAGUCCUCACGGCCCUGGACCAGACCUGGCACCCCGAGCACUUCUUCUGUGCCCACUGCGGGAAGGUGUUUGGAGAUGAGGGGUUCCUGGAGCACAAUGGGAAGCCGUACUGCCACCAGGACUUCCUGGCCAUGUUCGCCCCCAAAUGCCAGGGCUGUGAGCGCCCUGUCAUUGACAACUACCUGUCAGCCCUGCAGGGUGUCUGGCACAGCGAGUGCUUCGUGUGCACGGAGUGCCUGACUGGCUUCACAGGCGGCUCCUUCUUCGAGCUGGAGGGGAGGCCCUACUGCGAGCUGCACUUCCACCAGCGGCAGGGCACCAUCUGCCACAGCUGCGGCCGCCCUGUCAGCGGGCGCUGCAUCACAGCCGCGGGGCGCAGGUACCACCCCGAGCACUUCAUCUGCUCCUACUGCCUGGGCCGGCUGCACAAGGGCACCUUCUGCGAGCAUGGCGACAAGAUGUACUGCCAGCCCUGCCACGACAAGCUCUUCCUCUGAGCCCCAGGUGCCCAGCACAGCCUCCCUGCCUGCAUGGGCCCAGCAUCAACAUGCCUGGCACUGUAUCUGCUGACCCAAACACACGUCACAUCCCACCCAUCAACAUGCCUGGUGUUGGUCCCGCUCAGCCAACUGUCCCCAGCCUUGUGUCUGCCAAGCCAGGCAUCAUUCCUUGUCCCCCUCCCUGGACCUGAUGCAAGACAUCCCUGGCACUGCUCCCUGG